AUGGAGGAAAGCCAAGAACUUGCUUUGACCCAGUUUAGAAAAUCCGUCGAGAAACUCUCUUCUUCCACAGAGGGACAUGAGAAACCGACGUUGAUGAGGUUCCUGGUGGCAAGAUCAAUGGACCCAGACAAGGCAGCGAAGAUGUUUGUGGACUGGCAAAAGUGGAGAGCCUCCAUGGUUCCUUCCUCUGGUUUCAUCCCAGACUCAGAAGUGAAGGAUGAAUUGGAAUUCAAGAAGAUCUGUCUUCAGGGUCCAACCAAAUCCGGACACCCUUUGGUCCUUGUCAUAACCUCUAAGCAUUUUCCUACUAAGGAUCAAGCUACCUUCAAGAAGUUCGUUGUUCAUGUGCUAGACAAAACCAUCGCAAGUGGCAUCAAAGGCAAAGAAGUAGGAGAUGAGAAGUUGGUAGCUGUUAUCGAUCUUGCAAACAUUACGUACAAGAACCUUGAUGCUCGUGCACUGAUCACCAGCUUUCAGUUCUUACAAUCUUACUACCCGGAACGCCUUGCAAAAUGCUACAUCUUGCAUAUGCCUGGAUUCUUCGUGGCCGUCUGGAAACUCGUCUGCCGUUUCUUAGAGAAAGCAACUAAGGAUAAGGUUGUGAUAGUAACGGACGGAGAAGAAGAGAGAAAAUUCGAGGAGGAGGUCGGAUUAGAGGCUUUGCCGGAAGAAUACGGUGGUCGAGCUAAGCUCACGUUAAUCCAAGAUGUUCUGCUUCCUCAGACGACUGCUCCAGGAAUCCGCCACCAAAACCUCUCCGUCUCUCACUUCUUCUUCUUCUCCUUCCUCCUCACGACGGCAACAAUGGCGACUCUCACUCAUCAGGCUCCACAGACCCAUUUCCUCUCUAGACUUCCCCUCAGGGCCAAACCCAGAGCCUUCUCCGCAAGGGUCAAAAUGUCUCUCCAGGAAUCCGGACCUUCCCUCGCCGUCGUCGGCGUUACCGGAGCCGUCGGGCAGGAAUUUCUCUCGGUCUUAUCCGAUCGAGAUUUCCCUUACAGCUCCGUCAAGAUGCUGGCAUCGAAACGCUCCGCAGGGAAACGCGUCGCCUUCGACGGUAGAGAAUACACGGUGGAGGAGCUCACCGCGGAGAGCUUCGACGGAGUCGACAUCGCUCUGUUCAGUGCCGGCGGAUCCAUAAGCAAGGAGUUUGGACCUCUCGCGGCGGAGAAAGGAACAAUCGUGGUUGAUAACAGCUCGGCGUUUCGAAUGACUGAGGGAGUCCCGCUUGUGAUUCCGGAAGUGAAUCCUGAGGCGAUGAAAGGGAUUAAAGUCGGAAUGGGCAAAGGGGCUUUGAUCGCGAACCCUAAUUGCUCCACCAUUAUCUGCUUAAUGGCUGUUACGCCUCUUCAUCAUCACGCCAAGGUGAAGAGAAUGGUGGUGAGUACGUAUCAAGCAGCUAGUGGUGCAGGUGCUGCAGCCAUGGAAGAGCUUGUGCAGCAGACUCGCGAGGUUUUAGCGGGCAAGCCUCCGACUUGUAACAUCUUCAGUCAGCAGUAUGCGUUUAACUUGUUUUCGCAUAAUGCUCCUGUUACUGAGAACGGUUACAACGAAGAGGAAAUGAAACUUGUGAAGGAGACGAGGAAGAUCUGGAAUGACACUGAAGUAAAAGUAACAGCGACGUGUAUCCGUGUUCCAGUUAUGCGUGCUCAUGCAGAGAGUGUCAAUCUCCAGUUUGAGAAUCAACUCGACGAGAACACAGCAAGGGAGCUGUUGAAGAAAGCGCCUGGAGUUUAUAUAAUAGACGACCGAUCUUCCAACACCUUCCCUACGCCACUUGAUGUCUCUAAUAAAGAUGAUGUUGCGGUUGGUAGGAUCAGGCGAGACGUGUCUCAAGAUGGCAAUUUCGGGCUGGACAUAUUCGUGUGUGGAGAUCAAAUACGCAAAGGAGCUGCUCUAAAUGCUGUUCAGAUCGCUGAGAUGCUUCUCUGA